ACACCAUGAACUCUGCCCUCACGCUUAUCUCUUUCCAGUCUCCCUCUUUCAACCUAAAACAACGCCCGCUGUCCCAACGCCAGCAGAUAAGCGCCGAGUGGGGGAAGAGGCAACAAUAUUCGCCAAAGCCCAUACGAGCGAUACCAGGGCCAAAUGCAACGGGGGGACUCAACAAUGCUGACCGCGGAGGUAAUACCUUACCAUCUUCACCCAUGACAAAUGUGAUUCAGGAGUUCUACUCUUCCCUCAAUGACAAGGACAUCGCACGGCUCACGGAGCUGAUUGACCCUGAUUGCACCGUCAAGCACACUUCGUAUUAUAAACCACUGGACAUCAAGAAUACGAUUACCUACUUCGCAAGGCUUAUGGAAGCUAUGAGAAAGAAUGUCAAAUUUGCCAUUGAUGAGGUUUUUCAAGGAGUAGAACCGACUGUUGCUGCAGCAAUGUGGCACCUUGAGUGGAACGGUAAGAUCAUCCCAUUUACCAAAGGCUGCAGUUUCUACAUGUGUUCAGCAGAAGGAGAAACGCUUCUCGUUAGGAAAGUGCUUAUCUUCAACGAGUCACCUGUGAAACCAGUAAAUCUGGCAUUGGACAUACUUUUCCUUGUUACCUUUUUGUUCGACCUACUUCCAAAACAAGCUGAAGAUUUUCUACAGAAUCCAGAAGCACUAGCCCAGUCCUUCGUCAAGUUCUACAAAAUCCUCCUGGAGCCUGUUAUCGUGUAUCUUCUUGCAUAUUGUAUCCGCUUCUGGUCAUUUGCUGUGAAGCUCUACAAAUUAUACCUGGAGCCUUGUAUCGUUUAUCUUCUUGCAUAUUAUUUCCGCUUCUUAUCAUUUCUGGCACGAAGAUUGGAUACGGUGCUCGACGUGUUGUAUAGCAUAUUCAAGCAGUUCAUGUAAGGAACUAAUAUCACAGAAAAUUCUACAUUCAGAAGAAUGGUGAUUCUCGAAGAUACACCAUGUGAUUGCAAUCAAUUACCGGCAAUAUCACGAGUGAAGGAUCCGUCAAGGGCCUAUAAGAACCAGCCACGCUUCGGCGAAUGUCGAUAUGGCUCAGAAUCUUCACACAUGAUGUUUAUUUGUUUCCUGAGGCUUAUCCUAUUCUUGCCC